AUGGCCUGCCUCCGCGCAGAGAGGGCGGAGGCCAAGCGCCAACUUGAGGAAAAGCAAAGGUGGGCGGAGGAGGAAGCGCAGUGGGCAGCAGAGGCCCAAAAGGCUGAAGAGGAGAGGCAGAGAGUUAAGAAGGAGAAAGCAAAGAAGGAGAAGGCAAAGAAGGCAAAGGAGACAGAGGCAGUAGAGACUCCUCACUUUAGCUCUACCAGCUCUAGGCUGGCUAAAGGAGGAUAUUCUCAAAUGUGUGUCAUCCUUUCUACUUUGAAAGGCUUCCCAGGUACUGAUGAACGAGAUGAACUUGUUUGGAAUGCAAUCAUCAAAGUUGCCAGUUCUUCUUCUCUAUUCAAGACUACCAUAGUAGAUUUGGAGAAUGCAAGGAACAACCAGAAAAAAGGUAGAAUCAUUGAUUAUGUGUGGGCGGCUGCAGCUCAGUUUAGAGGUGAAGUCAAACAAAAGGCUAGGAUACUCAUUUUCUCAGAAUCCGCCCUCAAAGACAAGCUCCCAGAGGAAGUACAUACUAUAGUGGAGUGGUUAUUGAGUAAUGGAAUGGGUGUCUUUACAUUUGGUGGUUUAGAUGUUUCUGGAAGUGUUCAUAUGUACUCUUCUUAA